AUGCCCCACAAAAUUGGAUUUGUCAUUGUCAGUUCAUCUGGACAUGAAGACGGCUUCAGUGCCAGGGAACUAAUGAUCCAUGCGCCAACUGUUAGUGGAUGGAGGUCUCCCAGAUUUUGCCAGUUUCCACAAGAAAUUGUUCUUCAAAUGGUAGAGAGAUGUCGAAUAAGAAAACUGCAGUUACUUGCUCACCAGUAUAUGAUUUCAAGUAAAAUUGAGUUCUACAUUAGUGAAAGCUUGCCUGAAUAUUUCGUUCCGUACCAAGCUGAGCGAUUUCGAAGACUGGGUUACGUCUCUCUGUGUGAUAAUGCAAAGACGGGCUGCAAAGCCCGGGAACUGAAAUCAGUGUAUGUGGACGCCGUUGGACAGUUUUUGAAGCUGAUAUUUCACCAGAACCAUGUCAAUAAAUACAACAUCUAUAAUCAGGUUGCUUUGGUUGCAAUAAAUAUCAUUGGAGAUCCGGCAGAUUUCAGUGAUGAAAGCAAUAGUACUUCUAGAGAGAAGCUUAUUGACCACUAUCUGGGGCACAGUGCUGAAGAUCCGGCUCUGGAUGGCACCUAUACUGGGAAACCUGACUACAUCUCUCCACUAGAUGAUCUGGCUUUUGAUAUGUACCAAGACCCAGAAGUCGCACAGAUCAUACGCAAGUUAGACGAAAGAAAGCGUGACGCCGUCCAGAAGGAACGUUAUGACUAUGCCAAGAAACUCAAGCAAGCUAUUGCUGAUUUGCAAAAGGUUGGCGAACGUCUGGGGCGGUACGAGGUGGAGAAGCGCUGUGCCGUGGAGAAGGAAGACUAUGACCUGGCCAAGGAGAAGAAGCAGCAGAUGGAGCAGUAUCGUGCCAAGGUCUACCAGCAGCUGGAGCUGCACAACCUGCUGGACGUGGAGCUGAUGCGAAGACCGUUUGAUUUGCCCCUGCAGCCCCUUGUCCAUCCUGGCAGUCCUCGCCACCAGAGCACUAAGCCUUCAUUGCCACAGCAGGAGGAGAUGCUGGCAGAAAAGCAGGUCACUGAGCCGCCCCUGCCGGAACAGCCUUCCUCCCAGCCUCGUGGCGCCCCUCCUUCACACGUCACUGUGAACCCGGAGCCUCAGCCAAAGAUUAGCGUGGAGACGUUGCCCUAUGAUGAGCGACCCCUCCCAGCUAUUCACAAGCAGCAGGGCGAAGCACUCACGGAGUAUGAAAUGAGCAACACAGACAUCCGCGAGGCGCAAAGAGGUGGCAUUACUUGGGAACCAGAGCCCUUAACAGAGAAAGUCCUGAGAGAAGCCAGCUCCGCCAUCGACGUGUUCGGGGAAACUUUGGUUGCAGGGGCCUAUUCCAAGACCUGGUCAUACCGGGAAGAUGCAUUACUUGCUCUGUAUAAACAACUGAUGGAAAUGCCCAUUGGAACGCCAAAGGAAGAUUUAAAGAACAUGCUGAGAGCAUCUGUCUUUCUCAUUCGAAGAGCUGUGAAAGACAUUGUGACCUCAGUCUUCCAGGCCUCUUUGAAGCUGUUGAAGAUGAUCAUCACGCAGUAUAUUCCUAAGCAUAAACUGAGUAAACUGGAGACCACCCACUGUGUGGAGAGAACCAUCCCCGUCCUGCUGACCAGGACUGGGGACUCCUCCACGCGCCUGCGCAUCAUAGCCUCCAACUUCAUCCAGGAAAUGGCCUUAUUUAAGGAAGUUAAGUCUCUCCAAAUUAUCCCAACUUACUUGGUCCAGCCACUAAAAGCAAACUCCUCAACUCACCUGGCAAUGAGCCAGAUGGACCUCCUGGCACGGCUGCUGAAAGACCUAGGCACCGAGGGCUCAGGUUUCACCACCGACAGUGUGAUGAGGUUUUCAGUGAGUGCCCUGGAGCACAGAGUGUACGAGGUGCGAGAGACGGCCGUCAGGAUUAUUUUGGACCUGUAUAGGCGGUACCGGACACUAAUUCUCGAGUAUCUGCCUCCAGAUGAUAGCAACACACGCAAGAACGUCCUCUAUAAGACGAUCUUUGAGGGGUUUGCUAAAAUAGACGGCAAGCCUUCAGAAGCUGAGAUUAGGGCACAAAAAAAGGCAGCCACAGAAGCAGAAAAACAAAAGAAAGAAGAAAUUAAAGUUUUACAAGGACAGUUGGCAGCACUCCGAGAAAUCCAGGCUGAAGUCCAGGAAAAAGAAAGUGACUCCACAAAGCCCAAGAAUCUAGAUGCUCAAGGAAGGAAGGCCUGCCUACCUAGCGCUCCCGCAGUCCCAGAGACUCACUAUUUGGAUAAUUUAUGUAUUUUUUGUGGGGAAAGGAGUGAAUCCUUCACGGAGGAAGGCCUGGACCUGCAUUAUUGGAAGCACUGCCUCAUGCUGACGAGAUGCGAAUACUGCAAGCAGGUGGUGGAGAUAGCCAGCUUGACAGAGCACCUGCUGACAGAGUGUGACCGGAAGGACGGGUUUGGGAAGUGCUACCGCUGCAGUGAAGCCGUGCUCAAGGAGGAGCUGCCCGGACACAUCAAAACCAAAGACUGCAAUCCUGCCAAGUCAGAGAAGCUGGCAAACAGGUGUCCAUUGUGCCACGAGAACUUCUCGCCUGGAGAAGAGGCGUGGAAGGUCCAUCUGAUGGGUCCCGCUGGCUGCACCAUGAACCUGCGCAAGACACACAUCCUUCACAAGGCGCAGGUGCCACCACUGGGUAAAGGACCCACCACAACUAGAGCAGGCACCUCUGGAUUGAAGGCUGGAAGCAAGAUCCCCACCCCAAAGGGGGGCCUGAGUAAAAGCUCCAGCAGGACGUACACAAAGCGAUGA